UCAGAAAUAGAAAAAUUGCUGAUAUUGUCCAAAUACUUAAAGGUCCGUUUAAGAAUCUUUAUUAGGAAGAUAACCCAUGAUUAUCUCCUAGGGUUUAGCCGUUUCUAGGGUUUAGUUUCCCUAUCCAUACCGGCUGCUUGUGUUCUUGAUUUUCUUUUAAAAACAGUAGUUUUAGGCCGUAGACUCAUCUGGGUGUUCUUGCUUAUGCUCUGAAAAUUCUUUGAUCAACGUCAUAUUCAGCAAUUUUAGAUUUUCCGGUUCCGCAUUGAUAGUUUAUAGGGGUGUACUUGAGUAGUAUUGACAUCACUGUCUUAUGUCCCCAAAAAGUUCAAUCUUGAUCAUAUUUUGCUUCACAAGGACGAGGAAAUAAACCUGGAAUCAGUUUUAAUCCCUGUCAUACCGGCAUGAGUUUUCCUGAUCCUCCGCCACCUCCAUAUAUGCCACUGCCAUUUGUUGACAGCAAUGUUGCUGGCUUUUGGCCUCAACCUCCAAUGGAAGAUGAACAUCCGAACUCACAUUCACAGUUUGACCAUGCGGCUUCGUUUAAGAGACGAAGGAAUUUUGAAAGCAACCCAGAAAAUUCUGCACCUUUCCCAGCCAUGAAUCCAAGGAUGAACCCUUCAUUUCUUCCGGGGAGUAGAGGAACAAGUCGUAUUUUCUUCAAGACCCGUAUGUGUGCAAAAUUCUUGGACAGAAACUGCCCGAAUGGAGAGCAUUGUACCUUUGCCCAUGGUGCUGAAGAUUUGCGAGAUCCCCCACUGAAUUGGCAGGAACUUGUUCGUGAAAAGGAUAGGUUAGGGGAUUGGAAUGAUGAUCAGAGGAUAAUACAUAGGAUGAAAAUUUGCAAGAAGUUUUAUAAUGGAGAAGAGUGCCCAUAUGGGGAGAAUUGCAAUUUUCUUCAUGAAUCUCCAUCAAAAUUUAUGACUGAUACAGAAAGUCCAAGGGAGAGCUCUGCGAUAAGCAUCGCAACUACAGGAGCUACGAUGGGACAUCAAGAUGGCUUUGAUCAACCUGAAAGUAAUAAGCAUUUGAAUCCCACUUCAGAUGCUUUCCGAGUGAAUAUGAAGCCCGGAUUUCGGAAGACAAGACUAUGUACCAAAUGGGAGACCACAGGUCAGUGCCACUUUGGAGAAAGGUGUCACUUUGCUCAUGGGCAAUCAGAGUUGCAGGUGCCCAGUGGACUCAUUGAGGCUGAAAUGAUGAUGAAUAUUGGCUCCAUUCCAACAAAGCCUCUCUCUGUUCCUGCAACUGAUGCUGCUCCUAUUAAUAAAGGGAUUGGUGCUCCCACAAAAGAAGGGGAGGAUAAGUGGAAAACAACCAAGAAAAUUAAUCGCAUUUAUGCUGAUUGGAUUGAUGAUCUAACACCUCCACAGAGCUUGCCGAGUGAAAACUUUUGAGCUCCAAGUAUCUUUGGAAUUGAAGUCUUGAAUUGCAUACAGCUUACAGCUGGAUUUGAAAUUUUUUUGUGCGGUUUCACUGCCAAGUUAGGAAUUUUGACCCUCCAUGAAAGAAAAUAUUAUACAUCUCAAAGGGAUGAAAAAUGGGACAUAUGCUUCUCUUCUUUUGCUGUUUGCUGUUUGUUCUCCUCUCAUAGUUCAUUUUGGUUAAAGGUCAUUUUAUUUACCUUUUUUUGUUCCUUUUACCUUCAUUGAUUUGAUACAGUUUUAUCAUUCAGAUUUAACCAUUCUUUGUAGUUAAAAACCCCCAAUAAGGAACUUUUCAGUUCUCAAUUGUGAAUGAGAU